AUGGCUACCACUCAUUUGGCGGCGGUGCUAUACGGCGCAAGAGAUCUUCGCAUCACGCCUGUCGAAGCCCCACCGCUGGGCUCCGAUGAGAUUCAAGUCUCACCUCGUGCUACCGGCCUCUGCGGGACAGACCAGCAUUACUACCAGAACGGACGCAAUGGGAUCUACCAGGUUUAUGAACCCCUCAUUCUUGGCCACGAGGCUAGCGGAGAAGUGGUCGCCGUGGGUUCUGCGGUACAGAACUUCCAGAUUGGCGAUCGCGUUGUGCUGGAGCCUCAGUUGGCCUGCAACUCAUGCCACCACUGCCGAGCAGGGCAUUACAACUUGUGCAAGAGGAUGCGUUUCAACGGCUCGGCCAGUUCUCGACCUCCAUCCCAAGGAUCUCUGCAAAAACUUUGGAAUCACCCGGCCUACCUCUGCUACAACCUUCCCGAAAGUGUGUCCUUCGAAGAGGGCGCUAUGGUUGAGCCUCUCUCGGUGGCUUUACAUUCUGUCCGUAAAGCUAAGUUAGAAGCAGGCCAGACGGUUCUCGUUACGGGCGCUGGCGCUAUCGGUCUGUUGUGCGCCAGAGUGGCCAAGAUCUCGGGCGCGUCGUCUAUUAUUAUGGUCGAUGUGGACGAGACGAGACUCAGCUUUGCCCAGAAACACGGUCUAGCGGAUCAGACGUACAAAGUUCCAACGUCUGGACUUGAGGGAGAGUCUAGCGCCGACUUCGUCACACGAAUUGCGGCAGAGCUGCUCAAGCGGACCCGGGUGGCCACUGCCACCGCUGCCUUUGAGUGCACCGGUGUUGAGUCUUGUCUUAAUCUCUGCAUCACAACCGUUGAUGCGGGAGCUAAAGUUGUGCUGGUCGGUAUGGGUAGGCCGCUGCAGAACGUCAACCUUGGGGUCGCGUUGGUUAGGGAAAUCAAGAUUUAUGGCGUAUGGCGGUACACCAACACCUUUCAAGCUGCAGUCGACCUGAUUGAGGCGGGUAUGGUCGACGUCAAGCCCAUGAUCACGCAUCAAUAUCCUUUCGAGAAGGUCGCCGAAGCACUGGAGCUCACACUGUCAAAGCCACCUGAUCUUGUCAAAUGCAUAGUUACUUCACAGUAG